AUGCAGCUAACCUUCAAAGUAUUAGACUUAGAAGCAACAGACAACACCCUUCAAAUUGACUGUCUAUCUGAGCACAGCGUCCAGCAUGUAAAGUCAAUUCUUUCUCCAAUCCUAAACCAGCCACCUAAUUUACUUCGGUUAAUCCAACUUAAAGAAGGCCACGAAAUUUUGCUAUCCGAUGAUAAUUCUAUUGAAUCCUACGAAAUAAAUGAGUCAAGUCGCUUAUUGGUCGACAUAAUUCGACCAGAACGAGAAGAAGAACUUGCUGCAAGAGAGCGAAUAAAAACAAAGCGCGGCCUAAAAGACCAACAGGAGCCAGCUCCAAGCAAAGAUUGGCUUGGCAUGCUCAUCGCCAAAAUUAUGGAUGGCAGCUUGUCAGGUCUGCUUCAACUUAUAGGUGAAUAUGACCGUAAAGAGACAAUUAAAAAUGCUAGUUAGGUGGCAGGACUCAGGUCAGAAGUCCACAACUUCUUGAGAGUUUCGGCUCAAUAGAAUGGGUUUACACUGAGUUUGGUAUAGAUCAGAGAGAGGUCCUAAGGGAAGCAGGUCGACGGUUAGGCCGACCCACUACCAUUAUUCAAGAGUUAUCUUAAACAUAAACUCAGACCGUGAAGAGGCUGGAAAUGUCAUGGACGAAGAAGAAGACUUAUUAAGCACCCCAAACGCUGAAGGCUGGACUGGUUUACAUUUUGCUUGCCAACAAGGGCACUCUAACAUUGUUCAACUUUUUGUCGCUAGAGGUGCUAACUGUAACAGAGAAACCAACGACAACUGGACCCCUCUUCUGCUAGCUUCUUAUCAUGGCCAUGCUGAAUGUGUAAGGGCUCUACUUAAACACCCAAGAAUCCAAAUAAAUAAAAUGACCUUUUCUAAAGGCACAGCGUUACACCAAGCUUGCAGAAGAGGCUAUGCUGCCAUUGUUCAGCUUUUAUUAGAAAAUAAUGCAAGCAUGACUAUAGAAGACCAUAGUGGCUUAAUUCCUUUAAUGGUAGCUUCGACUCAUGAAAUUUUUGAAAUUAUACCGAAAUAUAUGGGGGAAAGAGAACUGCAAAAAGUUCGGAGCGAGCACAGAGAUGAAAUGACCUCAUUUAAUGGGGAAGUUUUUUAUACUGGAAGCACACAGAUUCAUGAUAAACAAAUACUGCUAUCUUUAGAUAUAGAUCAAGGGUAUUUGAACAUUUUUAUGGACAAAGAUACUUUUAUCAAAAAUGAAGCACCUUUUCAUAAGAUGAGGCUUCUUGAUAUCUGGGAUAUCAGGAUUACCAAAGGACUCCAGUAUGGGAAUAAAGAUGCAGUUUGUUUUAUUAUACACUCAAAAACAGGUAAUUUUAAGUUUUAUACACUUAUGGAAGAUUUAACCAAUAUGUGGGUCAGAAGAAUCCAGGACGGGAUUGACUAUUGCCAGCAGCAUAAAAUUGGACUAAAUGAAGAAGACCAAAAUGGCCCUAAAAACGAAGAACUCAGCCCAAGAGAAGACAUGCUUUUUACGUCAAACUCUGCGAAUGGAGAAAUCAUAAACUUCAAAAGCUUCACUAUUUUAGAAGAGCUUGGUAGCGGGAGCUUUGGAAAAGUAUAUAAAGUCAUUAAAAAUGACACAAAACAUGUAUAUGCCCUGAAACAGUUGAAUAAACAGUUUUUAGUCAAGCAUAAGCAGCUGAAGUAUGCUGUUGGCGAAUGCAAAAUUUUGCGAUAUUUAAGCCACCCUUUUAUUAUAACAAUGGACUAUGCAUUCCAAACACCUAAACAUCUGUAUAUGGUCUUAGAAUAUUGCCCGAAUGGAGAUUUAAUGACUCAUUUAUCUGAAAGAAGCAGAUUUGCAGAGAGUGUUGCUAGAUUUUAUAUAGCAGAAACCUAUAGCACAUACCCCUAUAUAGGUUUCUAUACUGAAAAAAAUGUAAUGGGCAGUUGAAUGACCAAGCCAGACUCUAUCAAAGGGAUGAGCUGGAUCUCUAUAUCAGGAAUGGAUAAAAAGCUGCAUGCCAAAAAUGGUUGGCAAGUGUGAGCAAAGUUAACAAAACAAGCACGCCAAUUUUUAAAAUGGCUUUAUUGUAAAAAUUAAUUUUAAAUUAAAAAUCUUUUAUAUAUAAGAAGUUAGCUUAUCGAUAUCUAAUUUUCAUAAUUCAUAAUAAUAUUUAAUUAAAUAGGAAAAAUAGGUAAAAUACUUAUCAGUGUUAGUCUAAAAAUUUCCGUUGAUAGAGUCUGAAUUGGUUUUUCAACGUCCAUUGCAUUUUAUUUGCUAAAGAAAUCUAUAUAGGGAUAUAGGCUAUAUAUUAGCAGUUGAAUAUUUACAUUCAUUAGAUAUUGUGUAUAGAGAUUUAAAGCCAGAAAAUAUUUUAAUUGACCGUGCAGGACAUAUAAGGCUUGCAGAUUUUGGUCUCGCAAAAGAAAACGUGAACCCUCUUAACCCUGCAAUGUCUUUUUGUGGGUCGCCAGCUUAUUUAGCUCCAGAAAUGCUCAGCAAGACUGGCUCAGAAAAAUCAGCAGACGUGUAUGGUAUUGGUGCAAUUUUAUAUGAAUUUUUAACAGGAAUGCCACCAUUUUAUUCAGAUAAUAUAAAAGAGCUCUUUCGAAAUAUCAAAAGAGGCUUGUUGCAAUUCCCGAAAGUGGUGAAGCCAGAAGCUCAAGAUAUAAUGCGAAAAUUAAUGAACAAAGACCCCACAAAGAGGCCAACACUUACUCAAGUCAAAAGUCAUAUUUUUUUCAAGGGAAUAGACUGGGAAGAGCUGGAAAAGAAAAAAGUUAGGCCACCAAGGCUUGGGAGCAAGUGGGUACAGCUGGAUGAGUAUGAAGAAGAGCAGGCCAAUGUUAUGUCACACCAAAAAACUUUGGUAGAAGAUGAAGACUAUGCAGAAGAAGAGGAAUUGCAAGAGGAUAAUAUUGCUGAAUUUAAUUUUGCUAGGUCUUAA